AUGAUACUCCAAGCGACGUCCUCUGGUUCUUCUCUCUUUCCUCCUUUUCUCGCUUGCAACAGAAUCAAUUAUUUUCUCUGCUGUAAAGGACGCCGUAGCAUUCGAAUUUCUCGUUGGCAUUUCAAACCUCGACAUUUUGCAGUUGCUGCAUCAGAGAAUGGUGUCUUCACCUCUCCAGAGAUUGCAAAAUCUUUCGACUUUACUGCAGAAGAGCGCAUAUAUAAUUGGUGGGAGUCUCAAGGGUAUUUUAGGCCAAACUUUGAUCAGGGAACUGAGCCUUUUGUUAUAUCAAUGCCACCUCCUAAUGUUACAGGAUCUCUGCACAUGGGGCAUGCGAUGUUUGUGACUCUUGAGGAUAUUAUGGUUAGAUACCACCGCAUGAAGGGAAGGCCAACGCUUUGGCUUCCUGGCACUGAUCAUGCUGGUAUAGCAACUCAGAUGUGA